UCUCAACUCAUGUAAAGAGUGCAUGAAGGAAAGCAAAAACAGAAAUGGAAAGUGGCCCAGGAGCAUUAAGAAAGUGGAAAUCAGUAUGUUCCCUAUUUAAGUCAUCGGCUCGAAGCAAGGCCUUCAGAAAACCUAGAGCCCAAGGUUCAGAGUCACCCAUCUCAGCAAGCCCAGAAGCAUCUGCAACAUCUACGAUGGCACUGCCCUUUGCGUUACUGAUGGCCCUGGUGGUACUCAGCUGCAAGUCAAGCUGCUCUCUGGGCUGUGAUCUGCCUGAGACCCACAGCCUGGAUAACAGAAGGACCAUGAUGCUCCUGAAACAAAUGAGCAGAAUCUCUCCUUCCUCCUGUCUGAUGGACAGACAUGACUUUGGAUUUCCCCAGCAGCAGUUUGAUGGCAACCAGUUCCAGAAGGCUCCAGCCGUCUCUGUCCUCCAUGAGAUGAUCCAGCAGACCUUCAACCUCUUUACCACAAAAGACUCAUCUGCUGCUUGGGAUGAGGACCUCCUAGACAAAUUCUGCACUGAACUCUACCAGCAGCUGAAUGACUUGGAAGCCUGUGUGAUGCAGCAGGAGAGGGUGGGAGAAACUCCCCUGAUGAAUGCGGACUCCACCUUGGCUGUGAAGAAAUACUUCCGAAGAAUCACUUUCUAUCUGACAGAGAAGAAAUACAGCCCUUGUGCCUGGGAGGUUGUCAGAGCAGAAAUCAUGAGAUCCUUCUCUCUAUCAACAAACUUGCAAGAAAGAUUAAGGAGGAAGGAAUAACACCUGGUCCAACAUGAAAACAAUUCUUAUUGACUC